UUCACGUGAGUCACAUGACAGGGCAAAUGGCCGGGGCAGAAUUAGCAGAAAUUUUUUAAAGUUUCUUCACUUUUCAUCGAUUUUCUCCCGAUUCCUACCAAGAGCACUAAUAAUACGGAUAUAUUAAGGAUGUCUCGGGUCCUGUCGAUCAUUGCUGCUCUCAUCUGCCUUCAUGUGCAGGUCUCAUUCUCAUUGGACAAUGGGUUAGCACUGACUCCGCCCAUGGGAUGGCUAACCUGGGAGAGGUUCAGGUGCAACACAGAUUGUAAGAACGACCCUAACAACUGCAUCAGUGAACGCCUCAUCAAGGAGAUGGCUCUGCACAUGAAGAACAAUGGCUACUUGGCUGCGGGCUAUGAAUACAUUACCAUUGAUGAUUGUUGGCCAGCAUUGGAGAGAGAUCCAAAGACGGCUAAACUGGUACCCGACCCAGAGAGAUUUCCAAAUGGCAUGAAGCAUUUGGCUGAUUAUGUUCAUAGCUUAGGCAUGAAGUUUGGAAUCUAUGAAGACUUUGGGACCAAGACAUGUGGAGGCUACCCAGGCAGCGAGUUCUACAUGCAGUUGGAUGCCAACACAUUUGCUGAAUGGGGUGUUGAUUUGCUCAAAUUCGAUGGAUGUUACUCCGACCCAAAGCAGAUGGAUGAAGGCUAUGCUGUCAUGCAGUUCUUUCUCAAUCAGACUGGGAGGCCUAUGGUCUAUUCUUGCGAAUGGCCACUGUAUCAGCAGGGCUCCGGCAUGAAGCCGGAUUACAAAUCCAUUGCCAAAUACUGCAACAUGUGGAGGAACUAUGGUGACAUCCAGGAUUCCUGGGAUAGCAUCGAGUCCAUUAUAGAAUAUUAUGGCAAAAAUCCAGCUAAUUUUAGCAGCUAUGCUGGUCCUGGGCACUUCAAUGAUCCAGAUAUGUUGAUUGUGGGAGACUAUGGCCUCAGUCUGACCCAGCAGCAGUCACAGAUGGCCAUGUGGGCGAUGAUGGCUGCUCCAUUGGUGAUGUCUGUCGAUCUUCGUGCAAUACCAGCUGAAUCUGUAGCAAUACUGCAAAAUAAACGGGUGAUUGCAGUCAAUCAGGACAAGCUCGGGGUACAGGGGACAAGAAUACAAGUGUCUGGCAACAUUCAGCUCUGGCGUAAACCAAUCCAGCCAACGGGCAGUUUUGCUUUCGUGAUUCUAAACAAGGGUACAGACGGUGUCCCUCACCUCGCAUCCUACAAAGUUGGGACUCUAGUAGGGAACACCCUGUAUAAAUACAACAUCACAGAGACAUUCAGCGGGAAAAAGCUUGGAACAUUCACGACAAGUGAUUCCUUUCAGGCCUACGUUUACCCGACAGGGUCGUACAUGUUCACCAUGGAGCCUGUUGCAAAGAAACCAGCAGGAAAGGACGACACUUUGCGAUUUCAGCCUUUGAGAUCUAUUGUGAAGGGGAGAGAUUAGGACUCUCAAGGUGCCAAAUGAAGAAAAGUACCGAUGCUACUGAGGCCAUUCACUUUCCCAUUACUCAACGUUUCAAGACAGAAAACUGUGUUGUGCUUUCUGCAUGUCAUCUGAUCAUAGUCUCAAUUGCCAGAUUGUAUGACAGGUUUAUACUAGGCUCCUCUUACUGUUGAAAUCUUGGGACAGCUAUUGGAUUCUCGGGUGGAUGUUCAAUAAUGAGAUUGACACGUGGUCUUCAGAGUGUUAAUAUGAAGAUGUUUGGUGCUAGAAAUGUGCCUUUUAAAAUUGCUAAAUUUCGUGGAGGAGUGUUUUAAGUUGAGGACUGGUAUAAUAAUAACUUGAUAGAAUAGAACUUAUCACAUUCCAAUGAUUUCUGGUGAUAUUUGUUUUGUAUACAUGUAAAAUGCUAUUUCUAUUUUCCAUUGGCACAAAUAAGUACUUAAUAAUAAAAGAGGAUCUUCUAAUUCA